UUUUGCCCUUAGCGUAAACACGACGUGCAUCACAGUAGUCAGCGGUGUAAGGAAGUGGGAGGUUCCAAACGGUGUGUUAUGGUGAGAUUAAAUGAGUUAUCAUAUUAGGCAUCGUAUUCUCCGCCCGACCGUUUUGUUUUCGCCGAUUGGUCCAGCCCACGUUUUGCCCUUAGCGUAAACACGGCAUGUAUUCGUAGUGAGUGGAGUGAUUAUAAAGCUAGUAAUGCGUUACUGGGUUCCGUAUCCUGUGAGGAGGGAAGGAGUGGGCCACGGGUACACGGCUAUACGCAGCGCAGGGAUGAUUCAGCGGGUGUUGAAGUGGUCGGCGCCCCGGGACCAGCCUGCGUCCCCCGCCUCGCCGGCCGCCGCCGUGCCCAACUCCCCACCGAUGCCGGACCUGUCGGCGCUCACGGCCGAAGAGAUCCGCACGCUGGAGGCGGUGCUGGAGAGGCAGGAAGAGCUGGAGCAGUUAGAAGAACAGAGAGAAAAGAAGCUGAAGAGGAUGAUAGAGGAGUUUGAGACAAACGUGAGACAUCUGGAGCAGUCGGCUGCCACGCCGCGCGGCCUGGGCUGUGUGCCCGUCAUUGACCUGCGGCUCUGCCGACUCUGCUUCAAGACCAAGUUCGCGGACGGCAUCGGCAAACUGUGCGUGGACUGCAAGAGGAGAGUCUGCAGCAGAUGUGGAACGUUCUGCCGAAUCGUGGCUGAGAUGACGACAGGUAGAGAGAGAUGGCACUGCAACCUCUGCCAGCUGAAGCGCCAGCUGCUGUGCAUGACGGGAAUGUGGUACCAUGGCACGGUGAGCAGGCCGACUGUAUCCGUGCGCGAACUGCUCACCAGAAUACGUGACGUCAAGGAACUAGACAUCGAAUCUGACAAGGAAGAGGGAUCCAUGAGGCGCGCCAACGGAGGCCGUGCCCGUCUGAGGGACAUAAAAACAGACUCUGAGGACAUAAGUGAACUGAGACCCAAGACAAUAGCCAAGAGGAAAAAUCGUUCAUCCCAUAGAUGUUUACAAAGAUCUGUCGCCAUCACCGACGACCCUGAACAGCCGACGAGGGAACAGAUCGUCAUGGAGAGGCACGACAGCCUGCGGGAACUGAGAGCCAAACGUCGGAGCAGGUCUGACUUCUCCAAGAGUCCGACGCUGACCAGAAAUGACAGCCGUGGAAACCAAAUACCCCUUCAGCAAGGCGAGGGAGACUUCCACCCCGCAGUAUCAAAAGAAAGUCUGACGACUCGUGCUUUCUCGGAGAUCGGCGGAGACAUGAUGCUCCUCACUUCUUCGCUGAACGACGAUCUGCAGGACAUCGGCACCAGAAUUGAGUCUCCCUCCUCAGUACGAGUGAACCGCCGCACCAUGGCCAUGGCCGCCAUGGACGUCCAUAGCGGAUCGACACAAAGUUUGCCGAAAAUCGCAGUGGACAGGUCGAACACUAAGAGACCUCGCGGGCCGGUCAGAUACCCAACUAUCUCAUGUGAGGACGACAUUUCCCGCAAAGGUGCGCAUGCUCCACCGCUGAACUACCUUUGCCGAACGGCUAGUAUUGACCAGCCGGCAACACAGCUACCCGGAACACCCUGGAGACGAGACGCCAAAUCUGACACAUGCAGACCCUCGGAACUUCAGGACCUCCACCCACCAGGGUCGUUUGAGGUCACAUUGUACAAUGACGGCCGUUCUGAAGAACUGAGAAUGCGUGAUUUUACAGCUGCUAACUUCGGCCUGCAAAUCACCGGCGGCGUGAAGACAGAAAACGGUCGGCUUGCCGCUUACGUCACCGACAUCCGGGAGGGCGGUCCUGCCGACAAGGCGGACGUCAGACCAGGCUACAUCGUGCUGCUGUGGAACGGCUUCCCUCUCACGGACUUGACCUUCGAGCAGACAAAACGCGUCAUCGACGCCACGCGUGACGAGAACCACGUGACCCUGACCAUGACAUGCCCCGGACUGUCACCGUUUGGGAGUCGCUCCAUGCCUCCCAGCUGGCGAGGACCAGGCACUAGAAGCGGGAGUCAUCUCACGGCUCCAUCCAUGGCCUCAACAGUCGCAAGAGCGUCUACCGAGUCGUGCCCAAACGUGCGAGGGGGGAGCGUGUACCAGUCCAACCUGACCAAAGGCGACACGAGGAGCUGGCCUCUCCGGUUGCCUGUAGAGCCGAACUAUCUCCACACAUCCAACACCAGACCGUCCUCCGGAGAGCCGUCCGCGGCCGGGCAGGGGAAACUCAUGCGGAAAUCCAGCUUCAGUUCAGCCACCGGAGUGACCAUCAUGGUUCCGUCGGACGUCAGAGUCGAUCCUCCCGACGACAGAGCCGCCGGCCGCGCGGCGGGGGACAUCCCAACGUCGCGAUCGAAGGAAAGCCUCAGGCGUUCUCCAUCUCCCUCCAGCCAGGAGAUGUGGAUGCAGCGGAAACAGGAGAGACUCGCCUCCAGACGGGCCAGGACCGCGUCCGACGUCACGCGACCAGAAGGUAUAGAUUACGAGUCUCCCUCCUCCCGAAAACGUGCAGGAAGUUCCUCCAGCUUCGUGUCGUCUAUGGGAAGUGAGAUGUCUCUGUCGUCCCUGCUGCCGUCUGACGGGGAGAGUGACGGUGAGCUGGCCGCUCCCGAGGACACCUCCGGCGGCCCCGCACAGGUCAUCUGGAGUACCAAGGAAGAAGCGGACGCCUCCCUGGGCUACGUCAACCUGAGUCUGCUGAUGAGUAAGGGUAACAUGGAGGUCAGCAUCAUGUGUGCGCGGGGGAUCGGCGGGAAGGGCGACACCACCCUACCAGACACUUACGUUAAGACUUACCUUCUCGAAGAGGGUCGAAAACUGCACAAGAGAAAGACGAAGGUGGUUCACCAGAGCUCCGACCCAAACUACCAGAAGAAGCUGCUGUAUCCGGCCUGCGACGUCGACAACAGGGUUCUUCAGCUGAUGAUAUGGAAGAAAGGGAAGGGACUGGACAGUAACAGAUGUGUGGGGGAGAUCCGUGUGGAGCUGGACCGGCUGGACCUGAGCCAGAAGACGUCGGGCUGGUACAAGCUGCUCCCGCCGAUGACAGGCGACACAGGGUCCGUGGAGUCCCUCACCAUGGGAUCACACUAGCGCUGUUUGUAGGACCUUUUGAUUUCACUAACAUUUCUGUCAUAUACACCACUCAAAUGUUUCUAAUCUAAUUUUACGAUUCAUAUAUAUAUAUAGCUAGAUGGAUGAUAAUCACGAAGACCACAAAACUGGUCGAUUACUUUGACAUUGACUAUUAGUUAAAAGUGAGAGUGCUAUUAAACCUAUAGCUAGACAGUCAUGUCUUGUUGUCAAAACACGCAGAGUGACAAACUUCAUUCUUGAGCUUAGGUAGAUUUAAGUUGACUGAUUAUUGUACCUGUAUGUGUACAUUUGAUAUUCUUUGAACUAUGUUGGUCAUUAAGUGGAGUCUUAUUGAAGUGAAAUAGUCUAUUUUAAUUGAGACGUGGGUAAAACCCUUCCAGCGAAGGGAAGUGCUCGACAUUGUGAGAAGCAUCCCAGCAAUGUUCAAAUGUGAAGACUUUUCACAAGCUUUUGACAUUGGUCUGUCGUAAGUCAGCAGUGAUUACCAAAGAGGAUCAUCUAUACCGUUAUUUUUCACUGGUCAGAUGUAAAUAUUAGUUCGUGCAAAGAUAUUUAGUCACUGUGACGUUACAUUGCUAAAUUGUAGUUGGUUGAUACGUCUGAUGAUCAAACUUGAUAACACUCUAUACUUCUCAGAGGGAGAUAGAACAGAUGAUAUUUUGCGUGGUUUUAUGAGGUGUACAUGUAAGUUAACAUUAGAAGAAACAGGGGAACCAGGGUCGCUAAAGUCACGUGUUCUCUGCCUCACAUGUUAGUUGCUUGCGAGCAAAGCGUUUCUAGAAUGUGUCCAUUCCGACAACUUAGUCAAGAGUCAAAAACGCGUAUGAACCGACAAAUCAUACUAGCAAUAUAGUAUCUGGUCAAUCACUACGUAAUAAGUAUACACCAAAACGAUGCUGCUGUGUUCUUUGUAUUUGGAUAUGUACGAGUAUGCUUGAUUGAUCUACUACGUCCACUAACAUACAUCAUUGACAAUCAGAUGACAACCUCACUAAUCGGUCUAUACAAACAAAAAUAUCGCAUAUAUCGGCAAGAAAGGAAAACAUUUGCUUGGUGUUAUAGAUCUAUAGAGACAAUUACUACUGCAAGGAAAAAUGUAGGUGGCAAUGACAUAACCAGGUCUUCGACAUGAUGUAUAAGAUAUUUGGGGAAAGUUCUUAUUUCCAUGCAAUUUAAAGUUGAAUAUGGUCUUUGAACUGUGUAACAAAGAUAAAAUAGCCCAACAGUUGUUUGAUACGUCUAGCUGACUUUGGCAGUUUCUUGGCGUAGGCAUUUAACAUAUAUUUGCUUAUUUAUAUAAAUAAUCUAGAAUGGUUCGAUAUUAUUGACUUUUCUGAACUAUUUAACUUUGUGAUCAUGAACCUGAAUCGGGUACUAAUCAGAUAUUGCAAUCUCAUACGAAAGUUUUGUUUGUUAUCGUAUGCAUCUCAAAGCUAUAUUGUGUAUUUGAAUGUAAUUUUAUAUCGCUGGGUGUGCAAUAUUAAUACUGCCGGACAGACAGUGAAAGAAAAGUAAUUUUCAAUUUCAUAAUGUUUCACCGUGGUUUACCUACUUUCACGAUAGUCCUUGCCGCUUGUACAGGUCUUAUCAAAGAUAUAUGCCAUGCAUCAUGGCUGUGCAACUGUCAUCACUGCUUCUGUUACUAUCAAAGACAUCGCGGUUUAUUGCCUCAAUAAUGUACGACAAGAGUUGACCUAUGACACCAUGCGUGAGAGCAGAUGUGUACACCGUAUCAAGCAAUACCAUGUGUACUGAAAACAGACUUCAAAUGAUCAAGCUUAACAUUGUACAGAUUUCUACGACACGAUAUUGACGCAGUUGUUUUUUUUAUCUAUCUAUUUAUUUAUUUACGAUACAUCGUUGUGAUAUACAUGGAUAUCGAUGACGUAAGGCUGAAGGAUGACCUACUGGUUCCAGGUGUGAUUUUGUAACGGGUAGAAGGGAACACGUUUGGAAUCCACUGUUAAGGUACCCCAGCCGAGGAAAUAAAGGGAAUUUAUUAUAACAUUUCCUUUGUGUUUUACGUUUGUUAAUGGCCUCC